UUUUUUUUUUUAAGAUUCUGGUUUGUUUAUACGGCUGUAGUGUUCAGUGCCUGCGAGCAGCUUGCCAAUAGACGUGUACUGUUAGUAGGGAGCUGAUUUUUGCUUUUGCUUUUGCAUUCAUGGACGAUGCUUUGCCCUGCACAACAAAAUAUUAAGUGACAGAGGCCACUUGGCUAUAAGUGGUGCUCAGGUAGCUAGAAUUGUAGUCGCAAUGUAUCUGGCUAGCUAGUCAGCACAUUAUAGCUAUCGUAAUGAUGUGACGUUGACAGGAAAGUGUUUUCAAGCCGACCAAGCCCUUUUCUUAACAGCCUUAAGGUCGAAGAGGCGCAAAAUACAGAUGUGUCAGCGCGCUUAACUCGUUUGCAAGCUAGGCUUUUCGGUAAAGUGGGCAAGCUUAGCGAAAGAGCUAAAUUCAUGUUAGCAUGGCGUCAGACACAAGUGACACGGAGGAGUUCUACGAUGCUCCAGAGGACGUACAUUUCAGCCCAUCUCCUAAAGUGUCUCCUGCAAAGUUUGCCAUUCCUUCCCCAAAGCUCUCCCGAAGAUCUGAUGACAUGUGUCGUGAAGGAGCUGCCGCCGAUGCUACUCAAGAUGAUUCCCUACAGAUUAUUGAUAGCAUCAUUGAGGAGAGCCAAAAGGAAAAUGGUUCUGCUGCUGUCGCUGAGCUGUUGGAUCAACUCCAUGUCGACGUGACUGUGGAAGCAGAGUCAAAGGAAGAGAGCGACAACGCUCAGGAAAUUCCUGUGGAGCCGUCAGCUGAUGAAUCUCAACCUCUUGAGAGACCAGCAGCUGAGGAGCAACCGGAAUGUGUGGCGUCAAACGGAGUGUGUUCUUUAUCUGUCCCCGAUCCCGCUGACCUUCCGGGACCUUCAGUUGGAACACAAGAAAGUGUUCAACCCCCGGACAUCACCAGCACAAUAGGACAGAUUCAGCCAGAUGGGGAGCUUGCGGUUGCAGAAGGGGAGCAGGAGCAGAGGCCCGCUGACAUUUUAGAGCGGGUUGCGUUCACAGACAGGCCAACAGACUCUUUAGACACAUCUGGGCCUACUAAACCCCCACGGCAGUUCACGGUAGAACCAGACAUUGUAGCCAGCACCAAGAAGCCUCCACCCUCGAGACCACCGCCUCCCAGUGGAGGUCCUCCACCUAGACCGCCACCUCCGUCUUGGCAGGGUCUCCCUUCCAAGAAGUCUCAGGAGUGUCUCAGACCCAGUGGGCUUGAAGUAUCUGGAGUGAGUCCAGUUAGCGGCGACCCUCUGGAACCAUCUGGUCUGAUGUCUCCAAGUAGCACUGUGAGGAGUUUGACCAGAGAGCUGCAGCACUCCUUGGAUCUGGCCAGUGCCACCAGUGGGGACAAGGUGGUGACCGCUCAGGAGAAUGAGGGUGAAGAAGUAUCAUCUCAGGGUGAAGGACAAACUCCAGGCCCCCAGCGGCCACGCUCCAAUUCGGGUAGAGAACUCACUGACGAAGAAAUCCUGGCCAGCGUGAUGAUAAAGAACCUGGACACUGGAGAAGAGAUCCCACUAAUACAGGCAGAGGAGAAGCUUCCUGCUGGUAUCAACCCCCUCACUUUGCACAUCAUGAGGAGAACCAAGGAAUAUAUCACGAAUGAUGCAGCUCAAUCAGAUGAUGAUGACAAGUCUCAGGCUCAGCUGGCAGACACAGAUGGUGGAAAACUAAAACAGAGAACAACUCAGUUAAAGAAAUUCCUGGGCAAGUCCGUGAAGAAGGCCAAGCAUCUCGCUGAGGAAUAUGGAGAGAAAGCAGUAAACAAAGUAAAAAGUGUUCGCGAUGAAGUUUUCCACACAGAUCAGGACGAUCCAUCCUCCAGUGAUGACGAGGGGAUGCCUUACACCAGGCCUGCCAAGUUUAAGGCAGCACACAGCUUUAAGGGUCCUUUUGACUUUGAUCAAAUCAAGGUUGUGCAGGAUUUGAGUGGAGAGCACAUGGGGGCCGUAUGGACAAUGAAGUUCUCUCACUGUGGUCGGCUUCUGGCAACGGCUGGCCAAGACAACGUGGUUCGCAUCUGGGUCUUAAAGACAGCCUUUGACUAUUUCAAUAACAUGAGGUUGAAAUACAACACGGAAGGUCGAGUGUCACCUUCUCCAUCUCAGGAAAGCUUAUGCUCCUCCAAAUCUGACACUGAUCCUGGGGCAUGUUGUGCCCCGGAGGACCCAGACACCGAAGACAGGAAUGCUCCUUUUCGUCAAGUCCCCUUCUGCAAGUACAAAGGCCACACCGCAGAUCUAUUGGAUUUGUCCUGGUCAAAGAACUUCUUCCUGCUCUCGUCGUCCAUGGACAAAACGGUCCGAUUAUGGCACAUAUCCAGGAGAGAGUGUCUCUGCUGCUUUCAGCACAUUGAUUUUGUCACCGCCAUCACUUUCCAUCCCAGAGAUGACAGGUACUUUUUAAGUGGCUCACUGGAUGGAAAGCUGCGGCUGUGGAACAUUCCAGACAAAAAGGUGGCACUGUGGAACGAGGUGGACGGUCAAACGCGCCUCAUCACUGCUGCCAACUUCUGUCAAAAUGGGAAGUAUGCAGUCAUUGGAACCUAUGAUGGAAGAUGCAUCUUCUAUGACACAGAGCGUUUGAAAUAUCAUACCCAAAUACACGUCAGAUCCACCAGAGGCAGGAAUAAAGUCGGACGCAAAAUCACAGGAAUUGAACCGUUACCUGGAGAGAAUAAGAUUUUGGUGACCUCAAAUGAUUCCCGUAUCCGCCUCUACGACCUGCGGGACUUGUCUCUAUCCAUGAAAUACAAGGGUUACGUCAACAGCAGCAGUCAGAUUAAGGCCAGCUUCAGCCACGACUACUCUUUUAUCGUCAGUGGCUCAGAGGAUAAAUACGUGUACAUCUGGAGCACUUACCAUGACCUGAGUAAGUUCACAUCUGUACGGCGGGACCGCAAUGACUUCUGGGAAGGGAUUAAAGCACACAAUGCUGUGGUCACAUCAGCCAUUUUUGCGCCUCACCCCGGUCUCAUUGUCCCACAAGAGAGUUGUGCAGAAAAACCAGAAGCAGAGUGCAAGAGCCUGGACUCCACAGAGUCUGAAAUGAUUCCCUCAGGUGCCCUUAAGACAGAUCACACUGAGGUUUUGCUGUCUGCUGACUUCACUGGAGCCAUCAAGGUGUUCAUCAAUGUGAAGAAAUACUAAACAUAUGUUUGGGCCCGUCAGGUGACCAUUUUCACGCACCCAGAUGCGUAACGGUUAUGGCUCUGGGCUUACGAGCAGAGCAAAACUAGAAAUGUGAGAGGGGGUGUCAGUUUAUUUCAUCUUCAAUACCAAGCAACUGCGUGUAGUGUUGCAUUUAUAAAACACUGUAAUUGCCAUCGUAGUGCAAAUUGUGGUUUCAGCAGAAACAAAUGUGUCCAGGUGGUGUUCACUGACAGCUGUGUGGGGAUCCAUACAGAUCAUUUCUAACUCUUGCAAGACACCAUCUCCUGGGUCACACAUUUCAACGUGUCUUGAAAUUGUGGUGAUUGUACAAAUGUUGAGUCACCAACCAAUUAUUUGUGCCUAAAAAAAAAAAAAAAAUCUAGAUCGCUUUUAUAGGUGUUUAAGCCUCUCAACAUUUCGUCUGCUGACAAUACAGGAAAUCUGUACAUUUAUUAUUGUUAAACAGGGCCAGGUAUCUUUAAAAUAUACUUUUUUGAGAAACACUACUGGCUCUACAUUUGAUACAUUUCACUAUUUAGAAAAGACUGUAGAUUUACAAUGUAACAUUGCACAUUAAUGCUUUUGUAAGCAACUUAACGCUCUGUUGAUGUCCUCAAUAAAAAUGCUUAAUAUUUUUAAGCAGUGUUGAUACCUGGCCCUAGCACCUCCUGAGAAGAACUCGCACACAAAUGCAUAUAAUCACUGAGUGAUUUAAUGUCUCAACAUUGCACAUAUCAAGUUAUUUUGUAAACAAACAAAACAAAAAUAGAAUUAGUGUCCAAAUAUGAUACAAAAGAGAGCAGAACGCUUGCAGGGGAUAUGUGUUUGGGACCAAGACAACGGAGCACUGUAAGUGGUGGACACCUGCUGGCUGACGCAGGCCUGGAGUCCAGAGUCAAUGUUUACUCUUCUUUGUCUUCUUAUGGGAGCGAUGUGGAGACUGUGACCUGGACCUCCGUCCCCUCCAGUCUGGAGAUGGAGAUCGGGACCGUUUGGACUGUCUGGGACACCUGAGGUGGGGGGGGGAGAGGAUAGAAUUAACUUUAAGAACAGCGGUCAUGAUUAAUAUAUUCUUUGCACACUCCAGACAUCUCAUGGCACUUGCUUUAAAGGAGUGAUGCUAUUGGAUUUCUGGGUGUGCUUAUCAGAAUCUCGGCUCCGUUGUCUGUCUCCAUCUUCGCUUCUUUUGCUCUUCUUUUUGUCCUUUCUGUCCUCCGUUGAUCUCUCUUUAGAUUUGGAUGAUGAUCUCUCUGGCUUUGCUUCAUCAUCUGUUUCAAACUCCUACAGGAGACAGUAAAAGAGUCUAAAAAGGUAUAAAAAAAACUCACUCGUGUUGGUUCUCUGGGACCAGUUUGUUCAUUAUAUAUUUAUAUAUAAUCACACCAAGCUACACUGUUUUUUUGUGCUCCUAAUUAUACUGAUGCACACACUUGUCAGUGCGGCCAAUGCAAAAUUUGUCAUUAAAGAAAUAUUUAUCUUACAGAGUGGCCACUGCUUUUCUUGCUUCACAGCAUGAUCCAAAUACCUUCUGUAGAAGUUUAUUCCGGUAUUGCUCCACAUGCUGUUGGAUGCUCAUUCCAGGUUUCCUCUCUCUCUUGCCACUUUCCAACUCAUCUUGGACCUUCAUAACCUUCAACUGGAUUAAACAGGUUCAGUUAAACUGUCUGUCCGGGGCUGCUGUUGAAAUACGAAGGUGUACCUCCAUUUCCCCAUGUAAUUAAAAAUGUUUUUCCAAUA